AUGCUAUGGACCGGAAACGUGAUAAAAUCAAUUAUCUUUAUUUGUGAUGAGCGGAUUUCGACAUUUUGGAUGUUGGAACGGAAAAUUCCGUAUCAGAUUGCGUAUAUACUUUCAAGUAUGAAGAUAUAUCAUUGCAGAACGCACCUAUUUGGUGCUCCGGUAGAUGUUCAGCGACGUAAAUUGCAGGCCUCCCUGGCUAUCCGUUACUUCACAGUUACGACCGCAGGCACAGUCACUCUGGGUGGCACUGUACAUGCCUUCACGCAUACGUUCAUUCUCAUGGUUGAAGAUGGAAAAUAUAAGUUCGAGCAACUUCAUUUGAAAACCGUGGAACUGCUAGCAGCCAAGGCUGCCGCCUAUGGUUUACCAGCUGAAUCUGAUGACUAUCCCGAUAAGGAAGAAACGACGUGCGUAACUGGCGACUCAGUACUAGCGAGUGCACUUUGUUCCACAGUGCGGGAGGCUCGUAACAUGGAGUUGCCGCUGGUUGAGAAGCAAGAAGCUCCGGAGGUUGUGGCCCUCCGUGCAAAUAUGCAACGAUUACGACUUCUCAAGGAGCGAAUGAGUGUUUGCACUAAGACUAUGGCAGAGCUGCGUACGUCGUAUGCGAGCGUAACGGCUCGCACAUCCAGCCUCCACGACGCUUGUGAUCGAGCAUUGGCAUAUCAAACAGCACUUGCUGCAGGAGCUGAGCAGAUCCGAACGAAUUUGCAUUUUUUCAAGCAAGCCGAUAUCAUCAUGAAGAAACUAAACAAUACGACAAAAAUUUCUGUAACUGGACAAAUGUUCACUGGUAUCCUCGCCACGAUCGAUGAAUGUCUCACCUUUCUUCGUCAGCAUCCAGAGUAUAAGGAGUCUGCUGCUUACAUCGUAAAAUACGAGCAAUGCCUCAGUAGGGCGAUGACAUGGAUCCGUGUCGGAGUGAUGGCAGAUAUCGAGGCUUCUGUCAACGAUGUCAGAGAUCGACAGUUCCCGGAGCUUCAAGCAAUGCUGGCUGAGUGCCAGCAGGCUUACUUCAAUACUAGACAGCAACUUUUGACGCCAAUUAUUCAAGCUACUCUCGCUCACAUGUUUUCGAACACCUACGCAGACUCUUCUUGCGCCUUGACACGGAAUAGCUGUGCGUUCAUUUUGGGUCUUUGCGAUGACGAGUUUCGUCUUUAUCGGCAGUUCUUCUCAACGGGCCAGGUGUCAGGCGGUCCACCCCCAACUCCUUCAGUGGCGUCAGCCCGCACGCAACAUUCUGAUACCCCUCAUCCAUUUGAGGAGUUUAUAGAGGCAAUUUGCCGGUUGUUGUACGAUAUGUUGCGCCCGAUCGUGAUUCACAAUCCACAUUUGGAGACCUUAGCAGAGUUGUGUUCCAUUCUUAAGGUCGAAAUGAUCGAGGAAAGAUGCUCCGUGCUUCCGCCGAUUGUCGCUGAAGAAUGCACCUCAUUUGAUCCACGUGCGGGUUUUGUGCAUGUUAUUGGCGAACUUGUGGGAGAUGUGGCGGAGAGGAUUGUCUAUAGAGCUGUCCUAUAUGGUCAAACUGAUAUUGCUGGCUACAAGCCAGCGGCGGGAGAUCUGGCAUAUCCAGAGAAACUAGAGAUGAUGAAGAGUAUUGAGAUGGCCAAAAAGAAGGAAGACGAUGAAAAGGCCGAGAAGCAGGAGGCAGAUGGUGGAGGCAAUAUGCGCAAGAACUCGUCCUCGGCUAGACCAAGUCCUGCACCAAUUUCCGCUGUUGAUCUGCACUGUCUCUGGUAUCCAACUGUCCGUCGGACUGUCAUGUGCCUUGCAAAGUUGUACAGAUGUCUCGACGUGGCUGUUUUUCAAUCACUUGCUCGUGAUUUGUUGACAAUGUGCACCGAGUCCCUGGAGGCGGCAGCUCUACACAUUGCUGCGGCACCAUCCAAAAAG